UCCCAGUAAGCGGUCGCUCUUCGAAGAUGGAAAACUCAACAGCAGUAGGCGGUUAUGUGAUUUUUGAUUGUGACAUUGGCAAUGAUGAUGCUUGGGCCUUGCUAAUGCUCAUCAAAGGUGAAGAACUUUUCAAGAAACUCUCGCAAAAAGAGCCAACAGCGGGUGUAGCAAAAUCGCGUGCUUUCGCAAUACUCGGUGUAACCUGUGUGCGCGGUAACACAGAUGUGGAUAAUGGUGUGAGAAAUGCUUUGCGCGUUUUGGAUAGUGUCGAUCGUUUGGAUAUACCUGUCUACAGAGGUUGUGAUCAUUCUAUAAUACCGCCCGACUUCCAACACAAUUUUUUUCAUGGCCGCGACGGCUUUGGAGAUAUACCAGAUUUACCGGAGGUAACCAACACAAAGGUCCAAAAUGAACAUGCAGUGAAUAUGAUGUACCACAGUGUAUGCAAGUAUCCCAACAAGGUGGACUUUAUACUACUUGGUCCUUUAACAAAUUUCGCCGUUUGCAUUAAUAUGUAUGGCCAAGAAUUUUUGGAUAAGCUGGGAAAUAUUUAUAUAAUGGGAGGAAAUUAUAGAGGUAAGGGAAAUGUUACUAAGAGUGCCGAAUUCAACUUCAUGCUGGAUCCAGAGGCCGCCCAUAUAGUAUUUGAGAGUAUUAAGAAACCCAUGGUGGUAGUGCCUUGGGAAACUUGUAUUGAUGGAGAAAUGAAUAUAGAUUUGGAUUGGCGUUUUGAGGUCCUGGGUCAAGUUGACUCUAAAGCUGUACGUCUUAUGAAUGCUGUCGAAAAUGCUUUUCUUCGUCCCCUCGGUUAUGCCAAAUGGAUUGUCUGUGAUGCCAUGGCGGUUGUUUCUUUUCUGUUCCCAAAUAUGACCAUUGUUAAAAGUCGCCUCUAUCAUGCCACCAUUGAGUUGGCUGGCCGUCAUACGCGCGGCCAAAUGGUGCUCGAUCACAAGAGGAAGGACCAAGGAAAUACUAGAGUUAUAAUGGAUUUGCAUAAGGAUAACUAUAGGAAAAUUUUAUCGUGGACAGGUGGUCUCAUAACAGAUGAAGAAAUUGAAAAAAUGUUUUUAAAUUCGUGUUGA